AUGACGGUCUGGUAUUUCUUGCAGUCUGCACUUGUGGCACUCUUUUUCGUCAAGGAUGUUUCGGCAUUGGAACGCUGCCGCCCUAUUGAGAGACUGAAGGGCCUCAACCAGGAGAUACUCGCGAUGCCGAGGGGAGGGUUUUAUGCAGGUUAUGAGUACUUCUGCGCCGAAGACGCUCCCCGGCAAUUCCACUGCCAUUGCGGAGUUGACACCAUCUGCAAGAAUAAAACAGAUGCCUGGGGUAGGAAUGUUGGGGUGUGCGCCUGUUGCCCGUGGUGGAUGAUAGUUUUAUUCGCGAUUCUCGCUCUUGUCGCGGUGGUGGCCAUCAGUACUACCCUCUACGUGUGGUGCUGCCGCGGCAAAUGGUGGUUUGAUGGAUACCCGCCACCGGUUAAAGCCAUCAUGUGCCGCCGCGGAGCCGCCACCGUGGUGCCCGCCACAGGGCCGCUGCCGCCGAACCUCUUUCGUGGCUACCGCACUUCGGAGUUUGUGAGUGAACCCACCGAGCAACCCCCGUCACGUGUGCCCCUUGCAGCCCGUGGCGGCGAGGCACCGAGGUAUUUGUACCAUGAAAAUCGCCGGCACUCAUCACCACCACAAAAUCCGCCGCAUUCGCUGCAGCAACGUCUUAGCGAGCGGAACCCUCUGAGCCAUCGCUAG